AUGGCCGGAUUUAUAGAAUACAAGGGAUUUGAUCAUAUAUGGGACUAUUCAGGUCCAUGGUUAUGGUGCUUGGUUGGCUUAUAUUUAUGUCUUCCAAUAAUUGCAUAUAAGCUUCUACCUUUAUUAUCCACACCAAAAUCCAAACCUGGAAAACGAAGAUCAAUUGGGAUAUUUGUUCUUGGUGAUCUCGGCCAUUCGCCACGGAUGUGCUAUCAUGCUUCCUCAUUCUCGAAAUUGAAUUAUGACGUUAAUUUAUGUGGAUAUUUGGAAACCGAGCCACCUGUACAUGUUAUUGAUGAUAUGAAUAUUGAUAUUUGUGAGAUUAAAGUUAUUAAGAAUUCUACUGGGUUACCAUAUUUGGUGUUUGCUGGUAAGAAGAUUUUCAUUCAAUUUUAUCAGCUUUUUCAAUUAUUAUUGCAAUUUAGAGGAAUUGAUUAUAUUUUGAUCCAAAAUCCCCCUUCUGUCCCUUUGUUGUUCCUCAUUAUUGUAUUUAUCAAAUUAUUCAGCAGAAAUACAGAGUUAAUUAUAGAUUGGCAUAAUUUGAAUUACUCAAUUUUGAAUUUAAGAUAUAAGAAUGAAAGACAUCCAAUUGUAAGAUUAGUCAGAUUUUAUGAAAUGUUUUUAGGGAAAUUUGCAAAUUUAAAUGUCACAGUAACAAAGCAAAUGAAGAAGUUCUUAAUUGAAGAAUUUGGAUUUAAAAAAUCAAAUAUUGUAACAUUAUAUGAUAGACCAGGAGAUCAAUUCAAGCCAUUACAAGAAUUGCCAAUUUCCAAACCUGAAUUUUUACAAUCACACGAAUUAUUUAACCAAAUAGAAAAUGUCGAAAACUACAAAAUAUUAGCAAGUUCAACUUCAUUUACACCAGAUGAAGAUUUUAACAUCUUAUUAAAUGCAUUAAAACAAUACGAAAAUACAAAAAAUGUCCCACCAGUGUUCUUGAUAGUAACAGGAAAAGGUCCCUUAAAAUCCCAAUUCUUGCAGACCGUCAAAGAUCUUGAUUUCUCCCCUAGCAAAGUCAUUAUUAAAUCUGCAUGGCUAACAGCAGAAGAAUAUCCCAUAAUUCUCUCCUUAGCAGAUUUGGGUGUCUCGUUGCAUACAUCAUCUAGUGGUAUUGAUUUACCUAUGAAAAUUGUGGAUUUCUUUGGGUGUGGAAUACCGGUCAUUUCACUUUCAUUCCCUGCAAUUGGCGAAUUGGUAAAGCAAAACGUCAAUGGGUUAAUUACAGAUAAUAAGAAUACUGAAGCGGAAAUGUAUAACCUCUUAGUACAGACAAUGACCGAUUCUGAAUUGUUAGCUACUAUAAAACAAGGUGCCAUGGAAGAAAGUGGGUUGAGAUGGGACCAAAAUUGGCGGACAGUAUUGAAGAAGAAGUUUGAAUAUGAACUUAAUUAG